UAUUGGUACGCUCUGUACUUAUUUACCGUAAAAUCCAAUUCUCAUCAGAAUAUCUGGAUCCCUAAUUUCCUCUCCAUCACGCCUGCCGCUCCCGUUCCUCUCUCUCUCUCUCUCUCUCUCCGUAAAAUCCAAUUCUCAUCAGAAUAUCUGGAUCCCUAAUUUCCUCUCCGUCACGCCUGCCGCCCCCGUUCCUCUCUCUCUCUCUCUCUCUCUCUCUUCUCUUUCUCUCUCUCUCUGCUCUUUCUCUCAUCUGAUCAGAUUUUACUGGUUCUUUUCGUUGUAUGUGUUUGCUGGGUACUUUGAUGUUUGGUAUAUAUGCCUCAACCUUUUGUUGUGAGUGGAUGGACUUAUGUCAAUGAACUCGGACAAAUGUGCGGUCCGUACAUUCAAGAGCAAUUAUAUGAGGGUUUAUCAACUGGGUUCUUGCCCGAUGAGCUUCCUGUAUACCCUUUGGUCAAUGGCUCAUUGAUCAACCCAGUUCCAUUGAAGUACUUCAAGCAGUUCCCUGAUCAUGUUGCUACUGGGUUUGCAUAUCUCUCUUUGGGCAUCUCAACCACAGCAACCACACCCACAAAUUCUUUCAACUCACCUCAUGGAGGGGAUUUGCCUAUGUGUAGCACACCUGCACCAGCUCCUGUUUAUCCAGAUCCCCAGUUCAAUUCCACUUUUCAUGCCAACAACUACAGCAGUGUUAAUCUUUCCAAUCAGCCCAUGCCAAUGCCUAAUGAAGAGUCUUGCUGGUUGUAUGCCGAUGGUGAAGGACAGAAACACGGCCCGCAUUCUCUCUUUGAAUUAUAUUCGUGGCAUCGGUACGGAUAUCUUCAGGAUUCAGUAAUGAUAUAUCACGUCGAGAAUAAGUGUACGCCGUUCACACUAUUAUCUGUUGUAAAUGCAUGGAAAACUGAUGGACCUGAAACCGUCACCAACUCUGAUGCCAAAAGCAAUGGGACUUCCUCUUUGGGAAGCUUUAUAGCUGAAAUUUCCGAGGGAGUUUCUGGUGAACUCCACCAUGGGAUUCUGAAAGCAGCUCGUAGAGUUGUAUUUGAUGAGAUUAUCAGCAAUGUAAUUAACGAGUUUUUUACCACAAAAAAAGCUCAACGACUUAAUCAGACUGUGAAGACUUGCUCGUCAGAUAGCAAAACGUCUGAAAUUUCUGGAGAUUUGAAGGGCUGUGCUGCUUCUUUGUGCGAAGCUGCAGCUUCCUACUAUGUUGCUGAUGAGACAUGUAUAAAUGAAGAUUCCACAGAACCUCCACCAAGCACUAAAUCUGUUGGAAGCAUUGAAAACUUUUGGGGGUCGUAUGCAGCUGUUUGUAGAAUGCUUUUUGAUUAUUGCAUGCAAGUCAUGUGGAAUGCUGUCUUCUAUGAUUCAGUGGCAGAGUAUUCCUCUUCUUGGAGGAGGAGGAAACUUUGGUCUGGUUCUCCAGUAUUGAGGACACCUCCUAGUGAAAGUGGUGAUUAUGCUGUGAAGAUUGAUAAAUUACCUCAUGAAACUUUACCACCCUGGGAAAAAAAUGAUGCUUGUGAUGAUGAUCGCCCACCUGGUUUUGAACUCUUGGAAAAGGAAUUAGUUGAUCCUGCACAGCCAUCAAGCAUCGCGUCAUUAGUUCUUGUGGAAGGAAAGUCAUCUAAACAGAUAAGCCCCUCAUAUGAAGACAUGAGAUGCAUCGUAGAAUAUGUAGAAACAGAGCUCCAGUUGUCUGCAAAGAAUGCUAUGACUGAGUAUGUUGGAUCUUUUCUGGAUUCGGAAGUCAGGAAACUAGUUAAUUUGUCUAAAGGAGAAAAUUUAAUGAAGGCCAAUGUCGACUCUGCUGUUCAGUGUCCCCUAAGGAGCACUGAUGGAUCUUCAGACACAUGUGAUGAAUUGGGGAUUUCAAGUAAAAUGUCUGCAGAAAUGAUUCUAUCUAAUGUAUCCCCCGAAACUGCAUCACAAGUAGCAAAACCUUUUGAUCGUUCUGUACGUGAAAAUCGGAUGUCUAAUUUGUUGGAAAAUGCUUUUAAGGAAUUAUGUUCACAUGUAGAUGAUAUGGUUGUCGACCAAGAAAUAAAUGAGCCAUUACCCCCUGGUCUCGUAGACAAAGCUAAAGCUGUUAUUUCGUCACAAACUUGCAAAUUCCGACCUUCAAGGUCGGAUGAAUGUAUUCCUAAGAUUGGAGAAUAUAUUGCCACAGCAAUGUGCCGGAAGAAACUUCAUGAUUCUGUCAUUAAUGAAUGGAAAUCAUCAUUUAUUGAUUGUGUUCUUCAUCAGUUUCUUGCAUCAUGGCGUACUUCAAAGAAGACCCAUGCUCAUAAGGAAAGAGCAUGCAAGACAAAUAAAAACCAUAAACUUGAGGAAGAAUCGAAGCAUUGUGACAACUCUGGCACUGCAAAGGUUUCUCCAAUCAUUGGUAAAUAUACAUAUCACCGAAAGAAGUUGUUUCUGAAAAAGUCAGGAUCUUCUCGGUCUGUAACCUUAGAUGGCAAAGAGUUAAAGAAUGAAAUAGUGGAAAAGUCUAAGAAUCUACAUGUUUCUGGAGAUAUGCCCGAGACCACAGAAUUCAAAAAUGCUACUGUGAUUCCUAAGAAGAAGAGAGGACAAAGCAAAUCCCAAACCGAAUUAUCUGUUGGCGCCACGUCUUUGCAAGCCAUUGCUAAAGGGUGUGCAUCCACAGAUAAGAAAGAAGCUAAGAGUUCUAGUAGUCGGAAACUAUUGAAGGUUUCCCAUGCAGUUAAAAGUAGUGAGCCCAUGGAAUGCACUCCUAAACCUAGUAAAAAGAUGGCUUCAGCUCAUGGAGCCAACCACCGCGAUGUUCAGAAAGUUGUAAAUAGCAAUGGUCCUGAUUUUGGGCUUAAACGAGAGCCUUCAACUAAGGCAUCAAAGCUGAAAAGGGAGUGUGUAAUGGAUGAUUUGAAAUUGGCACGUCCCAAGAAGGUCCUGAAAGUAACCAGUGGGACUCCUAAGCAAGCACCAUGUAAGCCAAUUCCAGUAAGAAAGAUGCAGUCCAGUAAAUCCAGGAAACUAAAUCCUUGCCCUAAAUCUUGUGGAUGUGCCCGCGUUUCAAUUAAUGGCUGGGAAUGGCAUAGAUGGUCACUAAAUGCAAGUCCUGUUGAAAGAGCCCGUGUUAGGGGAGUUAAAUAUGUUAAUGCUGAGCAUCGAGGUUCUGAUAUUAAUACAUCACAGUUGUCAAAUGGAAAGGGUCUUUCUGCAAGAACUAAUAGGGUGAAGAUGCGCAAUCUUGCUGCUGCUGCUGAGGGUGCUGACCUUAUGAAAGCUACUCAAUUAAAGGCAAGGAAAAAGCUUCUACGCUUCCAGCGGAGCAAGAUACAUGAUUGGGGUCUUGUUGCAUUGGAGCCAAUUGAGGCAGAAGACUUUGUUAUUGAAUAUGUUGGAGAACUGAUUCGUCCCCGGAUAUCUGAUAUACGUGAGCGUCAUUAUGAGAAGAUGGGAAUUGGCAGCAGUUAUCUCUUUAGGCUUGAUGAUGGUUAUGUGGUCGAUGCUACAAAACGCGGAGGGGUUGCUAGAUUUAUAAACCAUUCUUGUGAGCCUAACUGCUACACCAAGGUUAUCAGUGUUGAGGGUCAAAAACGAAUUUUCAUUUACGCAAAACGGCAUAUAGCUGUGGGUGAAGAAAUUACGUACAAUUACAAGUUCCCUUUGGAGGAGAAAAAGAUUCCUUGCAACUGUGGUUCGAAAAAGUGCCGUGGAUCAUUGAAUUAGGAAGUGAUUUGAGUUGCCCUAUACACAAUUUUUUGAAGAAAUGGAGUUUUGUAGUUGGAUUCAUGGUCAGGCGAUAUUAUCAUUCAAGGUUUUCGCAGCCCAUUCAUUGAGUUAGGUGUUACAUGUCGUUGGGGUUGAAGUAUACUAUCCCAGAGUUUUGUAUGCUUGGAGCUGGGAUGGUUCUUUCUAGAUACAGAACAUACCCCUUGGCAUGAUGUUUGAAUCUUAGCUGGAUACUGUACAUAACAAGACAGAUGAGUCACGGCAGAGCCCUUUGGCUGGGGUUAGCAAUCAAUUGUUAUGAAUCACUGUUGACAUCAAAGAUUGGAUGGGUGAUGUGAACAUCGUGACCACCAUUACACACAUUGAGAGAGUUUUGCCUGCUUGUCAAAGAUUUUCUGACCCAUGUGCAUUCUUGUAGAUUUCUCUAUGUUGCAGAUGAGUUUCUCCCCUUUAGAAACUGUAAAUUAGUUAGUUAAAUGUUUUCCUGCUUACAUAACAAAUUUUGGAACAUCAAAACUCUUGUAUAAACAUGCAUUAUUUUAAUUUCAUUCAAUUAAUAACAAGUUUAAUCAUCUAUACUGGCUCGAAUGCUUAUGUGGGUAGUUUAGAGUUAAUGGUAUAAACCUACUUUUGCAUUCAAGGAAUGUGAAGCAUAAUUCCAUUAUGUUGCCCUAAUGUUUAUUAGGAUAAGCUAUCCAUCGUUUGAUGCAUGAGAUUUGUAUCUAGUUUCACCUUAUUUUGACUCGAGUACCUUUUGUUGCAUGGAUUUCAACCUAUUUACAAGGUGCUAAACAUAAAUUUUGAGCAGCCGUGUUACGUUCGGGAUUGAUCUCGAGCAGCUUUGUAAAGGUUUUGCUUUGUUGGAUUAUCUUCCAACAGUCAAAUUGUUAUUUGGGUUCCUAAUCAAAAUUGAUUAUAAAAAAAGUUUGCUUGUGUUGUAUUAUUACUCUUCUGGGAUGUAGCUUCUAGGAUCUUGUAAGGGUUGCAGAAUGGAGAAGUUUUCUUAGAAACUUGGGAAAGGUGGCCAUAUCGCACUUUUAGUUGCUGGGUAAUUUUAGUUGCAACUGUUGUAUUUGAAAUUUUUGUAAAUUUUUUUGAAUACAAUGGUUGCAUGGUAAUUUUUGUUGCAAAAGGUGGUAAUUUUAAAGCUUGAGAGUGAAAUUGUUCCACAUUGUCAUCAGUAAUAAUCUGGCUAAUUGGUUUGCAAUUGCCUUUUUUAACCAAUAAUUAAGAGACCAAAGGCGGUUGCUUCAUAUGUGAUGUGCUAUCUUUUAUAAAUUUAUGCAUGAAUUGUCCCUCCCUUAAUAUUUUUUGCUUUCAUUUGGUUUUAUUUGUUUUAUGUUUGCAGGAGUAGGAUCGAUUUAAGAUAACAAACCACUUUUGCUGCUGGGGCGGAUGCCUUUUUGGCCCUCUGGUAUGUAUCUUCUUUUUCAUGUGUUGUCUUCUCUUGGUUUUCAGCACCAAUCAAUCAUCUUGGCUUCUUAGCCUUUAGAGCCAGCGGAGUACAAAUUGGUAAUUGUCCUAUAUGGUUUAACGUAAUAAUAAAAUUUGAUGAAAUGUUUAACAAAUCACUUUAUUAGAAUCAUAAACUUGUUGCAAACAUAAUCUCAGUUAACAACACUUUUGGUCAGUAAUUGAAGGGUUAGCUCACAUUUCAAUGGGUCCGUGCCUCUUCAAUUUGGUUAAUUUGAUCCAUGUGGUUUAAUCCGUUAACAAUCAAAUUCCUCUCAAACGGGCUUUAAGUUUACGCGGUAAAUUACACAUUUGGUUCCUUCGAGGGAGAAUGACACUUACGAGCUCCUGCGUGUACGAAAAGACCAAGAUUUGUCGACCAAGAUUUGUCAAUGGAUGAACUCCAGGAAAAGAAAAAAGAAAAAAAAAAGAAAAAGAGAAGAUUGUUAACGGAUUAUAAAACAUGGAAACCAAAUUGGCCAAAUUUAAAGCGCAAGGACCAAAAUUGAAAUUCUAGCUAAACAGAAAAAAGGACCAAAAAUGCCUUCGAUCCUUAAACCAAACAGUUGGUGCGUGUGGCAUCUUCUUGGCGCCCAGCUGGUCAAAGUGGGGGAAUAAUGUAAAUUGGUUUUCUCUAAACGCAAAGUUGAGUUUCAAGUUAUUAUGCGUGACUGGUAUUUUGUCAUUUUGGAUCGAGUUGUCAGACUGCCGGUGUAAUGUGGACAACAUGGUUCAAGUAAUCGUAUAUGAGAUAAGCAGACACGAGUUAGAUAAGUUGGCUAGGACAGUUAACCCGUCUCCUCGCAUCAAGUUCGAAUUCCCUUCUUGUAUAGUUGAUUAAUACUUAGACUAUUGCUCGUAUUUGAAAAAAAACACAUGUAUAAGAAAAAAAUUUAGCAAAUGAAAGCAAAAAAAAAGUAAAUGAUCCUUUUAUUGUAGUCUAAAUAAAAAAUUACGGUUACUUCACAAGUGUAUAUGGGUUUUUACGUUACCAACGGUGUGUCCUUUUUGUUUACGGAUGCUAGUGAAUUCAAAUAGUUUUGGUCAAUGCGGUCAAAAAGCUCAAGGUUGUACUUGAUGCUUUCAUGUUGGUUUGGCUUUGCUUUGCUUCUACGUGUUCGCAUUUUAAAGCGUGUCCACUGAGUAUUUUCAGUUUCACCAUCGUUGUGUCACUACUGGUCUUACUAAUUUCAUUGAUGCUAUUAUUCAUGUAUCUAUUAAUUAUUAAGGUCGUGUUUGGUGAUCAUGAUUAGAUUGGAUUGGAAAUAAUAA